AUGGUGAGGGGCAAAUUCUGGCCAUUCACAGGAGCCCGGUCGUCGAGCCGUCAGCUGCCGAACGCCAUCAGAGUUCGUGCUAUCCCUGUUGCGACGUCCCAAGAAACGUGGGAAACACCGAGAGAAUACCGAGUAGGGGCUGCGGAACGUCCUCGGAACCCCCAAGGCUACGUAGAUCGGACAUGCUUCCUGGCACAUCUCUUUUUCCACCAUGAGACCCUGUCAUUGCAUAGACUGUCCCCAUCGUUGACAAGAACGCCGGGCCAAAUCCUCUUUCUCGGGCACGGUAUUCACAUCUGGCUCAAGUCUUGUUCGUAUUGGCUCAGUGCUUACCGCACAUCGAGUCACAAAGACGCAAAGCGACCCUCCAAGGGUGGUAUUCUUACACGCCACGUGCGCAGCCGAGGAGCCUAG